GAAGGAGAGGGAGAGAGUCCAAGAACCAGAGUGUCGUCGUCUUCCAUGAACACUCACCCGGAAAUUCACGAAGGCCCAACUCAUUCCCUUUUUCUGCGCAGUCUUCUUUUUUUUCUAAGUAGCGUAGCGCUUCUUGAUUCGCCUUUCAUUCUAUCCCUUUUCCUUUCUAUCCAAAGCCGUCGUUUUCUCCAGCUCUUUACUUUCUGUCAUUCACUUUCCCCGUCUUCUCUAAGAUAAAAAUAUCUUCCUUCAUUGCUAGGAGAGUUAUUUUCCAGUCCCCUUCAUUUUCUUUCGCUGUCACUUUGGUGCUGAUCUCCGACUCUGCCGAAGAGGCCCUACCCGGUAAACAGAAAUGGGAAUAUAUCUAAGCAGUCCCAAAACUGAGAAGUUUUCUGAAGAUGGUGAGAAUGACCGUCUUAGAUAUGGUUUGUCAUCCAUGCAAGGUUGGCGUGCAACAAUGGAAGAUGCUCAUGCUGCAUGUCCAGAUCUUGAUGCAUCCACUUCGUUUUUUGGUGUUUAUGAUGGGCAUGGAGGAAAGGUCGUUGCAAAGUUUUGUGCUAAAUAUCUUCACCAACAGGUGGUCAAAAGUGAAGCAUAUACAGCUGGAGAUAUAGGAACAGCUCUUCAGAAAGCUUUUUUCAGAAUGGAUGAGAUGAUGCGUGGUCAAAGAGGAUGGAGGGAAUUAGCCGUCUUAGGUGAUAAGAUAAACAAGUUUACUGGGAUGAUAGAAGGAUUGAUCUGGUCACCACGAAGCAGCGAUGGUAAUGACCAGGUUGAUGAUUGGGCUUUUGAAGAGGGACCACAUUCUGAUUUUGCUGGACCUACUUCAGGAAGCACUGCCUGUGUUGCAGUAAUAAGAAACAACCUGCUUGUUGUUGCAAAUGCUGGGGAUUCAAGAUGUGUGAUAUCCAGGAAGGGUCAGGCGUACAAUUUAUCUAGGGACCACAAGCCUGAUCUUGAGAUUGAGAAGGAAAGAAUCUUAAAAGCUGGUGGUUUUAUUCAUGCAGGGCGAGUUAAUGGAAGUUUAAAUCUUGCAAGAGCUAUAGGUGACAUGGAAUUUAAACAAAAUAAGUUUCUGCCUGCUGAUAAACAAAUUGUGACUGCCAAUCCUGACAUAAACACUGUGGAGCUUUGUGAUGAAGACGAGUUUUUAGUGCUAGCAUGUGAUGGAAUAUGGGAUUGCUUAUCAAGCCAGCAAUUGGUAGAUUAUGUGCAUGAACAACUUCUGUCGGAAACGAAACUCUCAACCGUAUGUGAGAGAGUACUUGAUCGGUGUUUGGCCCCAUCAACUGUUGGAGGUGAGGGAUGUGAUAACAUGACAAUGAUCUUGUUACAAUUCAAGAAACCCACCCGGUCUACUGAAGUGGCGGCAGAGCAAUCCACUUCAAACGAACAAGCUGAAUCUGAACCAAAACCAGAGGGAAGCAAAAUUUAAUGGGGCUUUUGGGGUGCAGCUAUUCAUUAGUGUGAUAUAUACAGUGUAGGCCACUGGUUUGAAUAUGUCCGGAUGGUCGUUUUCCUUCUUCCUGCUAGCCUUACCUACAAUGAUGAUUCUGAUUCAUAGAAAAAAUAUUGCAUUAUUUUUCCCUCUCCACCGCCUUCUUUCUUUUACAUCUUGGAGAGGAUAUGGUCCUCCCUGUGCAAUUUAAACUGGCCACAAGUUUGUUUGU